AUGACGAGUAUAUCGAAAUGCAACGAGGUUGUGUUUGUGAAGAAUUACUACAAUGCACUGUGCAAUAAGCCUUCAAUGAUACAGAACUACUAUGUGAAUGGCUCGAAGCUGACAAUAUGCAAGGAGACGGAGAAUCCUGAUGAGUGCAGCGAGGGAUUUCUGAAGUAUAUCAAGAGUAAGAUGGUAGGCGUGCUGGCAAAGGUGCUGGUGUCUCACAUGUCGUAUCAGAAGAUAGAUGAGGAAAGGUCGAUUAUCAAUGUGGUGGGGCAGUUUGUGUAUGGCGAUAAGACGCAGAGUAGAAUAAGCCAUCAGUUUGUUAUUGUGAGGAUUGAAGGGACUAUGUAUAUCAAGAACGAGAUCCUGACGUUCUUGAACGAGGAUGUGGUGUAUGAAGCGGGCGAAGGAAGGGAGAUAGUUGUUGAGUGUGAGAAGGGCAAGGCCAUGGAGGGCAUAGCGAUGGUUUAUGGAAUGGCUGGGAUUGAUUCGAUGCGAAUUGGAAAUGAUGGAAAGAUCAGCAUGAUGCUUGGAAGCGAGGAUGAUGUGGGCACGAUCAGGAAGAAUGCACUGAGCUUCACAGAGAAGGGAUUUGGAUUGAAGUUUGUAUCGAGAGAUGGCAAGGAAGAAGAAUAA